AGCAGCUUUUUACAUCGCCGAGCAGUAGUCAGAGCGGUGCACAGUUCCAUCGAAACGUCUACGGGAAUCUGGUCGAUGAUGAGUUUCGAUGGUCUGGUGGGACACCGGCGCUGGCAGAGGACAUGGCGGUGAUCAAAGUCUCGGCGGUUGAGCGCGGAACCACUCUUGCAUCUCUUUCCAUCCACCUCUCGUCCUCCCCUCAUUGCACUCUUCGACCUACCAUUCUGCCGACAAGAAGAACAUUCGCAGCGUCAGGCAGCAUUGUGUCCCUGACUGUUCAAUGGAGCCACAUCACAGUCAGGAUUGACCGGCGUCCCGCAGUGGGCGGCCCUUCGGUUCAGCCGACGCGCAGCAGCUCAGAAGGCGCAGGCAGGCAGCGAUGCCAGCUGAACAUCACCGCACGCCGCUGCAUGUGUACACCGUUUAUUUCUGACUCACUGCAGCACCACGCCGCAAUGCUCACUCGCUCGCCUGCCUGCGGUCCUGCAUAAGGCUCGUAUGCCAGACUUCGCCUCAGGUAACCUAUUUUCAACCAUCUGCCAUAUUCUCCUACAUCCCUUCUUCUCCUUCCUCAGCAUGCUCCAUAGCAAUACAACUGAAGGCAAACAUCUGCCUUUGCUUGACCCGGACCCACAUUCAACGACUACGAUUAUUACUCCUGCCUUUCACAAGCUUCCCGAGGCCGCGUGCUUGCCUGGCACAUCUUGUGCAUUUCGAAAAUACCUUAUCACAAGCCUCUCCACACUCGAUCGUAACCACCACUCCACUCUAAAUUACCAUUUCCACGGCCAUCCUCUGGCAUAAGUGAUCAAGCACCCAGUCGAACGGCAUCGGCAGCACCGUCGCAACCAUGCCUGCCCCGUCGACGCCGAUGCCGAUCCACCUGUCCCUCUCCUUGUUCGAAGUGGCCACAGGCCUUCGCUCCGGGACUGCAGAGAUCUUCGACCUCAAUGCUGAGAAGGUUUGCAAAAAUGCCUUGCGCAUAGUUCAACGGCGGUCGCCGUUCCUCGCAAAGGCCAUUUCCACGCUGGUACCAAUCGCCUUCCUCGGAUAUGGAUCCUACCUCUAUCUCUGGAAACCUCUGCGUCUGCAAACCGCGAUCAACUACGUCACGUCGUUCUUCUUCGCUGAGGUUGUGGUUGAGGGCAGCGAUACCGUCCGUCAACACGUCAAGGACUGGAUCGCUGAUCAAACUUCCUCGCUUCAAGGCCGCUCCGUCACAUUGGUCCGGGAGGGCACAUACGGACGCUCCUCAGAAACGCCAUACAAGUACAUUUCAAGUGCUCAGACCUCCUGGUUCAAAUACGAUGGCCGAUGGCUUCGCUUCGAAGAUCAAGAAGUGGCCGAGAAGCCCGCCGAAUCGGAUGACUAUGGCCGGAGAGGUCGCUCUUUGCCCGCGAAACCAGAUCUGAAAAUCUCUUGCCUGUCGCUUACUGGAAACAACGGACCCCUGCGAGACUUUCUUGAGCACAUCCAAGACGAUAACAAGGACGAGUCGUACACCUAUAUCUAUCGUGUGUCGCGCUAUUCCUGCGACAACGAUGUCUGGGAUCAACCAAUCUCUCGCCCUGUACGGACUCUCGAUACUGUCGCAAUGGAGGUGGACACUAGGAAAGCCAUCAUUGCGAGCGUGGAGAAGUACUUGGCACCGGAGACAAGCAAUUGGUAUGCACAACGCGGUCUCCCUUUGCGCAAAGGUAUCUUACUGCACGGGCCGCCUGGCACGGGCAAGACCUCGUUCAGCACAGCGCUCGCCGGCCAUUUCGGUCUUGACCUCUAUAUUCUCUCCUUCACGAGCACCGAGAUGGAUGACGGUAAACUCGCUACUCUAUUCGCGGAGCUCCCAACACAGUGUGUUGUCCUCAUGGAAGAUGUCGAUUCUGCUGGUGUUGAACGCGAAAACAUUGUGAAGCCCAGCAGUGACCUUUUAACCCCGAAGAAACGCGUGACUCUUUCCGGCCUCUUGAACGUUAUUGACGGCGCCGGCGCUGCAGAAGGUCGCCUGCUGAUCAUGACCUCUAAUUCAGCCAACAGCCUAGACCCUGCUCUCGUCCGCCCCGGCCGCAUCGAUCACAAAAUCUUCAUGGGAAAUGCCAGUCAAGAAGUUGCCAACAUCCUCUUCACUCAGAUCUACACGGACCUCGAUGAAGAAUUUGACGACAGCGAGACGGUGCUCGAUUCGCAGCCAGAUAUUGACGUGCUGGCCAAGGCAUUCGCAGCAAAGGUCGAAGCCAACUUGUUCACACCCGCUGAGAUCCAGGCAUUCCUCCUCUCGCACCGAGAGUCUCCAGAAGAGGCACUUGACUGCGUGGACGAAUGGGCGGAGAAACUCAAAGACAUCAAAGUUGCGGGCCACAAUGUGAAGGAGUCGUACUCUGCCGCUGCCAGUCAAGCCUCAACGAUAGCCGCAAACGAUUUCGAGGAGCGCAAAGAACAGCUGCAACACGGGCGGCCCAUCUCAAGGCGACACAGCUGGUCGCACGUGGACGCCACUUCGGAGGCGUAUGACUGAACGUGGUUGAUGGCUUGAUGACUCAAUGAUGCGGGAGACUUGACUACCUAAAAAUUGCGAGGAUGGAUUUACGAUUAGCAUCUGAAGGUGCGAUUCAUGACACUACAGCGGAUGACUCUACAGUAUAGAAACGGCAUAUGCCGCCACAUGGUCGAACGCCAUGUUUACGAGUGCGAGCAAAAGAUUACGAGGAAGAGCAUAUAUCAGAGUAUGCAUCCAGUAGGUAGUCAUG